AAUUAAUGGGACCUCAGGAAAAAACACUGCCACGCCAUCUGUUGCCCAAUGAGCUAACAAACUUCGCAUUAGUUCAUGCAUGUACCUAUCGAUGUCGCAACAUGACAUACCGCGCAUUUUUAUUCAAAUUCAAACUACAUGUUAAAUAAACAGUAAUUAAUUUUACACUAAAAUUAAUAAUUCGUUUCGAUAUUAUUAGCCGUUUUUGCCUUUGUGUUAUGUGUAAAUCUAUCUUAGUUCUCUUGGAGGUAAAAACGAAAUAGCAGUUGAGAGACUACUACAGUACUAGGAAAAUGAAACUUUUACUGCUAAUUUUCAGUUUUUCUUUAAAUGUUGCGUGUGAAAGAAGUUCAAGAGAAAAACGAUACGUCUUAGUUUAUCCCUAUGGAGGAACAUAUAAAAUGGUGUUAGGGAUAGCAGUACCUAUUCAAAUUGGUACAAGGCAGUCAUUGACUUAUGCAAUUAAUUUCCAAUUUCAAUAUCCCGUUGCACAAAAUAUUACCCAAUUGCAAUCGGGGUUUCCCCCUUCUUUUUCACGAUCAUUCCGUACUAAACGCGAAAUAUUAUGGGACGAAGACAGAUCGCUUAUUUACGAAGGAUUGGAAAAAGUAUUACCCCAGUAUGGUGUUAAUGGUAAAGAUUGUUUAUGUAAAGCUAUUUGUGAAAAUGCUAGCGAGUCUUUUUAUCACGAAGAUAACGGACUAUACGGACAUAUCCUUCACAUUUUAUUAACUCCAGAUUAUGGAGAUGGAGAAUUAGAUAAGAACUUAGACGAAAAAUAUGCAGACGCAAUGUACGCAGGUAGAUACGGACUGAAUUGCGCAAAAGUUUACUCAGACUGCAAUUAUAAUAUUUUACAUAUCAUUUCAAUGUUAAAAACAUAUUAAGAAUUAAUCAAUUAUUUCAUUAAUUU